AUGAAUAGGCCAGUGGACAAGCAUGGCUACCCGAUUCCCUAUGGACCAAUCGGUCUACCAAUCCUAGGCUCCUUCCCCUUCCUGACAAGAUAUCCAGAGUUGACGCUGGACUACUGGGCAAAGAAGUUUGGUCCCUUGUACUCUCUCUGGCUUGGUAAUCAACUUUUUAUCGUCGUUUCGGAUCCUCAUAUUGCCAAGGACCUCAUGGUCACCAACGGCGCCAUCUUUUCGUCCCGCAAGGAAAUGUUCCUGAAGUCUAAGACAAUAUUCGCUGGUCGUGGAAUCACCGCCACCCCUUACAACGAGACCUGGCGCAAACAUCGUCGCAUUGCUGCUAGUUUCUUGGUUCAGAAAGCCGUUGACGGUUACACUAAUGUUCUUGAUUACGAAGCCACCGUCCUCGUCAGGGAAUUGUUCACUCACAGUCAGGCCGGCAACGCACCAAUCAACCCGCAGCCACAUGCUGGUCGCUGUUCGUUGAACAACAUGCUUACAAUUGUCUUCGGUACACGCACGGACUCGAUUAACCACCCGUUGGUUAAUCGCGCUCUCCGUCUGUCCCGGGAAUUCAUGAACUGCACUGGCCCAGUUUCGAACUUGACCGACUUCAUCCCCCUUCUCCAGAAUAUUCCUAAUUACAUGACACUCCGUGGCAAGCAACUUCAUAAGGACCUCGUUGAGACUUACGGCGGAAUGAUCCUUGACAUUGAUAAGCGCAUGAAACUUGGCGAGAAAGUCCCCGAUUGUCUUGUGAAGACGAUGCUCGAAGAGAAGGGAAAAGAACAACUCAACCACAUCGACAUGUCGAUUCUCUGCGCAGCGUUCAUGAUUGGCGGUGUUGAAACAACGGCUUCGAUUAUGCAAUGGUUCUCGGCGCUCAUUCCCGCUUACCCUGAAAUUCAGGCCAAGGCCCAAGCUGAGUUAGAUCGAGUUGUAGGUCGCGAUAGACUGCCAAGCGUCGAAGACGAGAAGAACAUGCCAUAUAUUCAUGCAAUUGUCAAGGAAGUUGAACGCUGCCACAACCCAUUCUGGCUCGGAACACCCCAUGUUAACACCCAAGAUUUUACUUACCGAGGACAAUUCAUCCCCCAAAAUACCGUUGUUGUGCUUAACACUUAUACUAUGCACCAUGACCCCACCCGCCACCCUGACCCACACACCUUCAAUCCUGAUCGAUACAUCGACGACUCUACAUCUUCUUCCGAGUCCGCUAACCUUGUCAACGCGUGCGAACGGGAUCACUGGAUGUUUGGUGCAGGCCGCCGCAUUUGCCCUGGUAUGUGGGUUGCUGAGCGCGAAAUUUGGUUGGCAAUCUCUCGUAUGUUGUGGGCUUUCAAGAUGGAAGAAAUCCCUGGUGAGCCCAUCGAUCUGAAGGAGUAUGAUGGGUUGUCUGGUCGCUCCCCCGUACCAUUUCGUAUCAUGAUGAUCCCACGGCAUGAGAAGGUCAAAGAAGUGCUUGGCCUUUAA